AUGAAAGAGCAGCUCUUCUCGCUGUUGUGGUCUUUUCUGAAUUCUUCUCCACUGCAUGUUUUUCACGCCUUGGAUUCCCAUUUGAGAAAUAGCAGUGGAAAGAGUUCAGUGCUGGAAAGUCUUGUGGGAAGGGAUCUGCUCCCAAGAGGUACUGGGAUUAUCACCCGGAGACCCCUUAUCCUGCAGCUGGUACACGUUUCUCUAGAUGACAGUCGGAAAACAACCGGAGAUGAAAAUGACCCAGCCACAUGGAAAAAUCCAAGACACCUUUCUAAAGGUGUUGAUGCAGAAGAAUGGGGUAAAUUUCUACACACCAAAAAUAAGAUCUAUACAGACUUUGAAGAAAUCCGACAAGAAAUUGAGUGUGAAACUGAGAGGAUUUCAGGAAAUAAUAAGGGGAUCAGCCCUGAACCUAUUCACCUUAAGAUUUUUUCACCUAAUGUUGUCAACUUGACUCUUGUGGAUUUGCCAGGAAUGACAAAGGUACCGGUUGGUGAUCAACCUAAGGACAUUGAACUUCAAAUCAGAGAGCUAAUUCUUCGAUUCAUUAGUAACCCAAAUUCAAUUAUUCUGGCAGUCACAGCUGCCAACACAGACAUGGCCACAUCAGAGGCACUUAAAAUUGCACGGGAGGUAGAUCCAGAUGGUCGAAGAACGCUUGCUGUUAUCACAAAACUCGAUCUUAUGGAUGCUGGCACUGAUGCCAUGGAUGUACUUAUGGGACGUGUGAUUCCAGUUAAACUUGGCAUAAUUGGGGUGGUAAACAGGAGCCAAUUAGAUAUCAACAAUAAGAAGAGUGUAGGUGAUUCUAUCCGGGAUGAAUAUGGUUUUCUUCAAAAGAAGUAUCCGUCUCUAGCCAACCGAAAUGGAACAAAAUAUCUUGCUAGAACAUUGAACAGGUUACUAAUGCAUCAUAUCAGGGAUUGCUUGCCAGAAUUGAAAACUAGGAUAAAUGUUUUAGCUGCUCAGUACCAGUCUCUGCUGAAUAGCUAUGGAGAGCCUGUGGAGGACAAGAGCGCCACUUUAUUACAGCUUAUUACCAAAUUUGCCACUGAAUAUUGCAACACUAUUGAAGGAACAGCAAAAUACAUAGAAACUUCUGAGCUGUGUGGUGGAGCAUUAAUCUGCUAUAUUUUUCAUGAGACCUUUGGGCGGACAUUAGAAUCUGUUGACCCUUUAGGUGGCCUUAAUACUAUUGAUAUUCUGACUGCCAUUAGAAAUGCUACAGGCCCCCGUCCUGCCUUGUUUGUGCCUGAAGUUUCAUUUGAACUGUUGGUGAAGAGGCAAAUUAAACGUUUAGAGGAACCUAGCUUGCGCUGUGUGGAGCUGGUUCAUGAGGAAAUGCAGAGGAUUAUCCAGCAUUGUAGCAAUUACAGUACUCAGGAAUUACUGAGGUUUCCCAAACUACAUGAUGCCAUAGUAGAAGUAGUGACCUGUCUUCUGCGUAAAAGGCUACCUGUUACAAAUGAAAUGGUUCAUAAUUUGGUGGCCAUUGAGUUAGCCUAUAUCAACACUAAACAUCCGGACUUUGCCGAUGCCUGUGGGCUAAUGAACAACAACAUAGAGGAGCAAAGGCGUAACAGGUUAGCUCGGGAAUUACCUUCAACCAUGCCACGAGACAAGUCUACUAAACCUACAGGUGCAUUAGCACCUGCCUCCCAGGAAACUGCUACUGCUGCUUCUGCUGAGGCUGAUGGCAAGGCUGUCCCUGGAGUAGGGGAUGCAACACAAGAGCCCGGUACAGGCAGCUGGAGAGGGAUGUUAAAACCCUCAAAAACAGAAGAAUUGUUUACUGAGGAAAAGCCCAAACCAGUUUCAGUCUUACCUGCCAGCCCACAGAAAGGGUAUGCUGUCAACCUGUUGGAUGUGCCUGUACCUGUCGCACGCAAACUCUCUGCCCGUGAACAACGAGAUUGUGAGGUGAUUGAACGACUUAUUAAAUCCUACUUCCUUAUUGUCCGAAAGAACAUUCAGGACAGUGUGCCAAAGGCAGUGAUGCAUUUCCUAGUGAAUCACGUAAAGGACACUCUUCAGAGUGAGCUAGUAGGACAGCUGUACAAAUCCCUGUUGUUGGAUGACCUUCUGACUGAAUCUGAGGACAUGGCACAGCGCAGGAAGGAAGCAGCUGACAUGUUAAAGGCCUUGCAGCGAGCCAGUCAGAUUAUUGCUGAGAUUCGAGAGACGCAUCUUUGGUGAAGCUUUCUCUACCUGCCACAAUGUUUUUUUGGGUGGAGACCCUGAUGACUUGAAUAUUGCUAGGCAUUGUAUACUGAGUAGAAUUUUAUUUAUGAACUUUUAUGUGUACUGCAACUAUGUGUAAACCUGCUCACGUAAAGACAGUUGGUUUGACUUUCGGACAGAAAAGUAUGCUGUACUUUGCAAAACAAAAAAAACAAAAAACAGUCAUAUUUCAUCCACAUAAUAAAUGGCUCUAAAUGUUUUCUUACCAGUUUUCUGGUGCAAAUAAAGCAGACCCAAGUCUACUGUCUUCUGACAGUCUUGGGAAGAACCAUUAAAGUUCCAGCGCCUGGCUUGCUAAACCAGUUGCCCGUAGAUACAGAUGGACAGUGUAGUCUUGUGGUGUUGUUUCAAGCUGCUUUUACAAUAGAAGUUUCAAUGCUGUGAAGAGGAGAGAGUACCAAAUAUCUUCUUCGAGUAUAUUGCAUGCACCAUGGCAAAUGGCAAUCUCAAUUUGAUAGCUGGCCCAGUAGAGAUGUCUCCCAUAUAACUCUGUAUGUGUGUCCCCAUUUUUUUUCCAGAACUUCAAAAGAAAGCAGCAUUAAAACAAAUUUCUGAACUGCAUAAGCAAGUUUCAGUUUAGAUGAUUUAGCCUGGAACUUUAAAGCUAACAAGAGGACCUGCUAACGAGCUGGUGCAAGCCAAUAAAAGUGCACCAGAAUUUGCAUAUCUUGUUGGGGAUGAAUCAGGUGUACGAGCACCUCCCCCUCUGGGACCAAAGCCCUGGACCAUCUGCUAGUAGAGCUGUUCUGACAGAAUUUAAAAAUAAAAAUGAAUUUGAAACUCUUGUGGGAUAGUAAGUGUUUCUUUAAGGAUAAAUUAGACAAGGGGAGAGGGGGGAAUCCCUUCUUUUUCUUUUCCUUUUUAAGUAAUUUUGGAAAGAACAAAGGCAUGGAAGGGACUGGAGGACUGGAGUGCUUGUACUAUAUUACUGCUCUUGGGAAGAGAGGGUGAGGGAGGGAAAUCUUGUACUGUGUGUUUAGAUUACUUUUUUUUCCCCAAGACGACCCAAGUAGUCUGAGCAGCAAAUGUGAAAUUGGGACUGUAAUUGAUGAUAGAUUUUUCUCCUGGUUACAGCUAGCACAGCUAAACGUGGAUCACAUGAGCUUCUGAUUUUUAAAAAAUGUAUUAUAGUCUCCUAUAUGAAUGCAGACUCCAGUACACUUGCACAUAUUUUUUUCACACAGAUUUACUUUGAUAAAGUGAAAAUAUUUACAA